UUCUCACUCCCUUCUAUGCUGGCUAUUAUCUGGUGUUUUACUCUUAUCGUACGCUUUUUUCAGCUAAACUAGCUAACGUGCGCCAUGAGCUUACUUGACCAGCUAUGGGACGACACCGUCGCCGGACCUCGUCCGGACAGCGGUCUCGGCAAGCUCCGGAAGCAAUCCACCUUCAAUAUGCGGUCCACUUCCGGCAAGGAAUCGGACGGUCGAAACGUGAGAUCGUUAGGUGAUGAUUCAGCGGAGGAGGUAACUAAAGUUACGCGCAGUAUCAUGAUAGUAAAACCGCCUGGUUAUCAGAACGGAUCAACUCCUCCGGUUUCUCCUGCCGGAUCAACUACUCCGGUAUCUCCAUUUUCAGGUAAGGAAGCAGAGAGCCAUUUCGGUUUCGAAGAAGAUCAACAUCGGACGCAUAUGAGAAGGCAAGCGAGGCUGGACCCAGGAGUCCUACUCCUCCUUACGACGUCUGAUAUAUAACGACGAGACAAUUUUAAUAUAAUCGUUAUCAGGCCGCUAUAAUGUGUAAUGUUGUGUGUAAGGAAGGCAUGUUUUUAAGUUUGUAGUAUGGAAGUUGGGUGUGUAUAAGUAGUAGUGUAGACUGUUUCGGAAGUUUAGGUUUAGUGAUGAUAUGUGAGAAGCAGUGAUAAUGUAGUUUUGCUAUCUGUAUAUAGUAUUAUAUAAGCUUUCAUUUCUCUU